AUGUCGUCGACCGUGAGCUCCGUGAUCGCUGCGGCGACCGGAAACUCGACGUCGAAGGUUGCCGACCAAACUGGUAUCAUUGGUGGUGCCAACCCAUCUCACUAUAACAAGAACGACCCCAUCGUUGUUUUCAUCGUUCAGGUUUUCUUGAUCGUGGUAUUAUGUCGUCUAGUACAUUGGCCAUUGUCGAAACUGAGGCAGCCUCGAGUCAUUUCCGAGGUCAUUGGUGGCAUAAUAUUAGGCCCAACGGUCAUGGGUAGAGUACCCGGUUUCACUACGAGUAUUUUCCCGGCGGAAGCAAUGCCAAACCUCAAUCUUGUCGCCAAUCUCGGUCUCGUCCUCUUCUUGUUCUUGAUCGGUCUUGAAGUUGAUUUCCGUGUGAUGGUUGAAAAUUGGCAAAUCGCUUUGGGAGUUGGUACCCUCGGCAUGGUAGUGCCAUUCGGGUUUGGUGCUGCAAUUGCCUACGGUCUAUAUAACGAAUUCGGCGAGGAUCCAGGGGUUGACGAGGAGGUCAACUUUGGUAUCUUCCUUCUCUUCGUCGGUGUCGCUUUCAGUAUCACCGCCUUCCCGGUUCUCUGUCGUAUCCUUACGGAGCUCAAACUAUUGGGUACAAACGUUGGUAUUAUCGUUCUUGCAGCGGGUGUCGGUAACGACGUUGUUGGCUGGAUUCUUCUGGCCUUGACUGUCGCCCUUAUUAAUGCCGGGUCCGGCGUUGCCGCUGUUUACGUCCUUUUGGUCGCCGUUGGAUUUAUCCUCUUCUUGUUCUUUGUCGUAAAGCCAAUUUUCCAUUGGUAUCUGCGCAAAACUGGAAACAUGGGAAAUCCUAGUCAGAGCGCUCUUACUGUCACCCUCCUGCUCUGUCUCAGUUCCGCCUGGUUCUCCAAUGUUAUUGGUAUUCACGCCAUCUUCGGUGGUUUCGUCGUUGGACUCAUUUGUCCCCACGAAGGUGGUUUCGCCGUCGCCGUCGCUGAGAAGAUCGAAGAUUUGAUCACUGUUCUCUUUCUCCCGCUUUAUUUCACCCUCUCAGGUCUCAGAACCAAUAUUGGCCUCCUCAACAGCGGUAUCGUUUGGGCCUACGUCAUUGGUGUUCUCGCUAUUGCCUUUGUCACCAAGAUUAUCGGAGGUACCCUUGCCGCAAGGUUUUUCAAACUUCGUUGGAGAGAGUCUCUCGCUGUCGGAGUUUUGAUGUCUUGCAAGGGUCUCGUCGAACUUAUCGUGUUAAACAUUGGUCUCACUGCUGGUGUUAUUUCACAGCGUACCUUCACCAUAUUCGUCGUCAUGGCUUUGGUCACUACAUUUGCCACCACUCCAUUGGUGACCUUCCUGUAUCCAGAAUGGUAUCAGAAGAAAUGUCUUGCCUGGAGAGCAGGCAAGAUCAACUGGGAUGGCACCCCGACUGCUCAGUCUGAAGACGAAGUAGAGAGCAAGGCCAAGACCACAAUCAACAGACUGACCGUCCUCCUUCGUUUGGAUACCUUACCUAGUUUGAUGUCUUUCGUUUCUCUCCUCAAGGGAGAACAAGACCCUCUCCCUCCACUCAUUCACAAAUCCAAGAAGGGUGAGGAAUCUAGCUCAAAGGCUGAAGAAGAAGUUACAAAGGUCGAGGGUCCAAGAGCCCCAAGAUUGGAAGUCCACGGCCUCCGUCUACGCGAGCUUGGAGAACGAACGUCUGCUGUUAUGCGUGUCGCCGAAGAACACGAGUUCGCGGAGAGAGAUCCAGUCGUCAAUACCUUCAAGGCAUUCGGUAGAAUGAACAACAUUGCCUGCGCAACUGGUCUAUCUAUUGUCCCUGAGGAUUCCUUCUCCGGAGUUCUGAUCGAUCGUGCAAAGGAUACAUCCUCCGACUUGUUGGUCGUCCCAUGGAGCGAAACCGGCCAAAUUAGUGACAACUACGACCAAAACUUAGAAAGCAAGGAACAGCAGUUCGGAUCUGGCCCAUAUGUUCAUUUCUUGACAUCACUCGUUCAAGACAGCACCUCCAGGCUUGCUAUCUUCAUCAACCGCGGAUUUGGUGGUGUUAGCCGAAGCGAUCGAGCUCUCACCCGACGCAACAGCACUGUCUCUGGUGCCGUGUCCCGUGUCAAGACCGGUAUCCAAGAAUCGGCUACUCUCCCAGUCCUAGACCCGUCUCACCAUAUCUUCUUCCCAUUCAUUGGUGGUGCCGAUGACCGCGCAGCCCUUCGAUUUGUCCUUCAACUUGUCAAGAACACCAAUGUUACUGCUACCAUCGUUCAAGUUUCCAGCGCUAGCGCCGAAGCCGCAUCGAAAGAAGUGAACACAAUUCAACCCACCACCUCUUCCGCAGGAAGCGUCACAGAAGACGACGCCGCCUUCUACCUCCAAAUCGCUGCUUCCAUUCCCUCGGAAAUCUCCCAGCGCGUGGUCUUCGAAACCCUUGAAACAGAUUCUCCAAUUCAAACAAUCAUCACCCGCGCCAAGCAAGAAGUUGGAACAACCCUCAAGAACGCUGGUGACCUUGUCGUCGUUGGAAGGUCACACACUGGAAGUUAUGCUUCCCAAGUUUCAGCAGUUACUUCCGAGCACGCCCCUCCAGUCUCUAGCGACGCAAGGAAGAUCAUCGGAGUUGUUGCUGAGUCUGUUCUUGCCGCCCAGGUUAGGGCAUCUCUUUUGGUUUACCGGGCAUAA